AUGUCAAGCAGCAAUUUCCUAGGUACAGGACCUCCACAGUUUGCUGGAGAAAACUAUCACAUUUUGGCCAUAAAAAUGAAGGUUUAUUUGAUGGCUUUGAAUUUAUGGGAAACUGUGGAAGAUGAUGGAGAACCAGAACCUUUGGGAGUUGAUCUAACAUUAACUCAGAUAAAGUUGUAUGAAGACAGGAAACCAAGGAAACCAAAGGCACUAACUUGUCUUCAUUUAGCUUUAUCUAAAGUGAUCUUCACUAGGAUCAUGGUUUGCAAGUCACCUAAGAAAGUAUGGGAAAGGUUGAAGGAGGAGUAUGAAAUAAGUGACAAAGUUAAAACUGGCAAACUUUUAACAAUUAUAAAAGAGUUUGAAGUGCUUAGAAUGAAGGAAGGAAAGCUUGUGAAGGAAUAUGCAUCCAAGCUUCUUGAACUGGUUAACAAAAUCAGACUGAUGAGAGAAGAUUUUCCAGAUACCAAGGUUAUGAACAAAAUUUUGGUAAGCUUACCUUUCAAAUUCAAAUCUAAAGUUUCAGCUAUUGAGGAGUCUUGUGACCUCAAGACUCUCUCAGUUUCAAAACUCAUUAGUAAGCUACAAGCUUAUGAACAAAGAACCUUGAUUAGAGAUGAUGAAGCUAUUGAAUAG